GGGAUGGGCGCUUGCCGCUCUGACCCCUUCCCUCACACGGUUGAUGUUUUCAGUCCCACCUUCCUCAUCCUCAUCACCCGCGGGGGCUCUGGGCUCGCCUGGCUUCGUGUGAAGUUAAAGUAGAACUUUUUGAAAGUUUCAUCUCGCGAUCCGUUUAGAUGAAGUUGGGGCUCUGGUUUUUGACAUUGGCUCGUACACAGUGAGAGCAGGCUAUGCGGGCGAGGACUGCCCAAAGGUGGAUUUUCCAACAGCCAUUGGUGUGGUGCUGGAAAGGGACAAUGGCAGCACCCUGAUGGAGAUAGAUGGUGACAAAGGCAAACAAGGGGGACCGACUUACUACAUAGACACUAAUGCCCUGAGAGUUCCAAGGGAGAAUAUGGAAGCCAUUUCACCUUUAAAAAAUGGAAUGAUUGAAGACUGGGAUAGUUUCCAGGCAAUUUUGGAUCACACUUACAAGAUGCAUAUUAAAUCUGAAGCAAGUUUGCAUCCUGUCCUUAUGUCUGAAGCACCAUGGAAUACCAGGGCAAAGCGCGAGAAACUGACGGAAUUGAUGUUUGAACACUACAACAUCCCCGCGUUUUUCUUGUGUAAAACUGCUGUUCUGACAGCUUUUGCUAACGGGAGAUCUACAGGUCUCAUCUUGGAUAGUGGAGCAACACACACCACUGCAAUUCCAGUGCAUGAUGGAUAUGUGCUUCAGCAAGGUAUUGUAAAAUCACCACUUGCAGGAGACUUUAUCACUAUGCAGUGCCGGGAGCUGUUUCAGGAAAUGAACGUAGAGAUAAUCCCUCCAUAUAUGAUUGCUUCAAAGGAGGCAGUCCGUGAGGGGUCGCCAGCAAAUUGGAAGAGAAAAGAGAAGUUGCCCCAGGUCACCAGGUCUUGGCACAACUACAUGUGUAAUUGUGUCAUUCAGGACUUCCAGGCUUCUGUCCUCCAAGUGUCAGAUUCAACCUAUGAUGAACAGGUGGCAGCACAGAUGCCAACAGUUCAUUACGAGUUCCCCAAUGGCUACAACUGUGACUUUGGUGCUGAGCGUCUGAAAAUUCCUGAGGGAUUGUUUGACCCUUCCAAUGUAAAGGGUUUAUCUGGUAACACGAUGCUGGGUGUGAGCCACGUUGUCACAACAAGCGUUGGAAUGUGUGAUAUAGAUAUCAGGCCGGGUCUCUAUGGCAGUGUGAUUGUAGCAGGAGGAAACACUCUAAUACAGAGUUUCACAGACAGAUUGAACAGGGAGCUGUCUCAGAAAACCCCACCGAGCAUGCGCCUGAAGUUGAUAGCCAACAACACCACUGUGGAGCGGAGGUUCAGCUCCUGGAUUGGGGGCUCCAUUUUGGCUUCUUUGGGUACUUUCCAGCAGAUGUGGAUUUCCAAACAAGAAUAUGAAGAAGGAGGGAAACAGUGUGUAGAAAGAAAAUGUCCUUAGACCUCUUAACUGUGAAAACUGCUGCCUGCUUGGUGCUCCUUCUGUUUUAUAGCUUUAGCAUACUCAGGAAUGGGAUGGACUCCUCUUUGUAGGAAGUUUAUAUUGGGUUUUUUGCAUAAUUCAAAUUCCAUUUUAACAAAGUUAGAAAUUUUGAGAGACCUAAUUGGUACUAUAAUAGAAAAAGGAUGUUUACGUCCCUUGUAAAGCAAUAAUUCCUGUAACAAGCAUUUUAUAAUUUUGUAUAAAUGUCUAUUUUCUCUAGUAUCUUUUCCUGGGAACAGCUUUACAGGUUAGCUAAUAGAUAGAGGCAUAACCUUGCAAAUGCCUGUGCUUAUUUAUUAAUUAUUUCUUGUCUAAUUUCUUGUCUACUUUCACAUACUAGUCUUCCUUGCUGGUACUUUGGCCUUAAAUUGCUCUUAUUUUUCUCUCAAAAAAUAAAAUUUGGUCUUUUAUAUUUGA